UACAUAUAGAGAGUGAGAGGGGGAGGGAAGAGAGGGACAUUACAAUUUAUUAAUUGAAUACGAUUGGCAUAGAUACUUUCGCUUUCCUCAUACAUGUAGAGAUAUGCUUUCACACAAAAACAACGAGAGAGAGGAGGAAGGAGAGAACGAGUGAACCAUUAAGACGUCUGAUGUCAAACAAGUCAGCGUCGAAGCAGUAACGCCAAGACGUCACAUACCCCUGAUACUAAUGCUAAUAGCUAUGUCUUUGGAGGAAGGCGUCUGACAACAUAAAUGAAAACCGUGGAUGAACAGGGUGGGAGCUAGAAACAAAGAACGUUUCUGAUGUCUCUCCGUUUGAAAAUGACUAUGUUCUCAAUGCUGUCUCAGAAGCUGGAUACGCAAUGAAAGGUUUGACAAGUUCUCUAGCACCUGUGACAUUUGCAACCAGUCGACUGAAAUAAUGCAUCAAUCAACUCAACGAAAAAGUAUGCGCUGAAACUAACAUCUUCGUCAACAGACAACAAGCGAAUGCUGUGGGACAAUUCACUUAACUAGGAAACAUACUUUUCCCGAUCCACAAGAAUGUACGAAACAGGAGAGGCAUCUCUCCAGAGACAAAGGUCAUGGUUCGUAGGACCGGAGAUCUCACUACACUGUUUCUAUGGCUGUGAAGUAUUGAUUAACAAUGGCAUGCAAUGAAGCUGAACUACUUUCAUAGCAUCCAAAAAUUCUUGACAUUCAAUGGCAAGCUUUCAGUAUCCAACAAGCGAAUGCAACUACAUUCCUAUUCUUUCUUCAUUGUUUUUCAUCGAUACCGGUCUUAUUUCGCCUAACAUCAUCUGCUACACCUGACAACUUACAUUGAUCCUUCAACAUUACAUUCCGCUACAAAUAUCUAUCACUUUCCACAAGCCUGAUUUCGUUAUUCAUAAAAGCCUUUCGUUACCCAACAUACUGAAAUAAAGGAAGGCAGAGAGAGUGUAUUUAAAGAAAACAAAGAAAAGGCGAUUUUUGAAGGUUAAUUGGGGCAGUUAAAAUCCGGAAACCAUGGAAAAUGGUGACUUUACGUCAGUUGCAUUUAGUUGAUGUGAGAGUUGCGUAUGGAGUGACAUAAUUUAUACUUUCACGCUUUUGUCGUCGUUUGUUCGUCAGAAAGUGACUAAAAGUCAAUGAAAAUGUUUUAAAUAUUUAGUAUUCAUUCAUAAAAUUAAACAUUACACUUCCUAGCUUCUGUGGUUUCUGAGACACUGGAGCAGGUACUCAAGCAUGUAGGAGAAUAAGAAAAAAACUGAAUGGAGAGUGAGGCGAUCUUCUUUUGGCAGUGGUGGAUAUGAUGACGAUAAUUUUACAGUUCGCUCGGCAUAAACUUUUAAAUAAAUACUAUCCGUAUGAAGAGCACUAACUAAAUUUAGAAUGGCAGCGAGUUUGCAGAAUCAUUAGCACGUAGGGCAAAAUGCUCAACGGCAUUUCGUCCGUCUUUACGUUCUGAGUUCAAAUUCUGCAUAGGUUGACUUUGCCCUUCAUUCUUUUAGAGUCGAUAAAAUAAAUACUAGCUGAGUACUGGGGUCGAUGUAAUUGACUUACCCCCUUCCAAAACAUUGCGGGCCUUGUGCCAAAAAUAUGAAACCAGUAUCAACAUAUGUAGUACGAAGAGCGACUAUUUUCUGAACGUGUUCAUGUCUAUACCUGUUCGGCAUAGUAUCGAUUAAUUCUUCCUUGUGGUGGGUUACCAACAGCAUCUCCCUGAAUAAUUGCCCAGUGUCUCUUCUUCCUGCUCGAACCAUUCAAUGACAAGCCAGAUUGGGGGUCUGCUGUAAGCAAUAUGUGUUUUAUGUGGGGUCCGGGCGGCACACACUCUAGCUACGCUAGUGAUUUUCUGUUAAUUUCACAGAUUUUGAAAUAUUGAAAUGAAGUCAAAAUUUUCAAAUUUGGUAUAUUGAUGUACUUUUUCACGGUGGAACUGACGCUAUAGUAGAAGACACUAGCCCAAAGUACCAUACAGUGGUAUUGAACCCAGAACCACGCGAAUGUGUGUGUGUGUGUGAGAGAGAAAGAGAGAGAUGACUGGUCUUGAGUAAGUAUUUAGUUAAAAAUAGAUAGAUAGAUAGAUAGAUAGAUAGACAGAAACUAGUGUGAGUUAACCGAAUCUAGUUCCUAGAGUCACCGUAGCUUUUUCAUUCAAGUGUGUGUGUGUGUGUGUGCCCCCGCGUGGGAGAUGGAUAGCGAGAACAAACAAGAAACAGAAUUCAAUACACAAGAAUGUUCCAUUCUUUAUUCGGCUAAAUUAUUGCCAAAUAUGGUUCUUCUGUCAUUCGGUAUAAUCACAGACAUUCAGUAUGCAGACAGAGAGGAUGGCUACGACUUUUUUAAAAUCAACAAACGGCAUUUUCGUGCCUCAUUGGAACAGACAAGCAAAGCUAUCAACUACUGGAUGCAGUCCGCCAACGAGGUAUCAUUUAUCCUACAGCUUGGUGACCUCUUAGAUGGCUACAACAAACGGAACAACCAAAGAGAUCGUGCUUUAGCAUGCAUGAAAAAAGCAUUUUCUAAAUUCCCCAGAAAUGUCUACCAUGUUUGGGGAAAUCAUGAAUUCUAUAAUUUUACCCACGAAGAACUUCUCAACUCUAUACUGAACAGUUCUUUAAACAAGGCUUGUAAAAAUAUUCCUGGUAGAGGCUAUUAUUCUUUCACACCACACAAGUCCUUGAAAUUCCUUAUUCUUGAUUGUUAUGCUGUCAAUAUGAUUGACCAGUUGUGUCCAAAUUACCAAGAGGCAAAGGAAAUGUUUAAAGUGAACACAAACAAAGACAUCAAUUGUUCAGAUGGUCUUGAUGAUUCCACGUGCAUGGUUGUUGCAUAUAAUGGUGCCAUCGGAAAAGCCCAGAUGGAAUGGAUAUCUGCAUCUCUGCAACAGGCUGAAGAACUGCAUCAAAACGUUGUGAUCUGUGGCCACUGUCCAGUUUACAUCAAGUCUUGCAACAUUAAAAGUCUCUGCUGGGAUUCUGCUGCCAUCCUCAAGUUAAUCUCCAGCUUCAAUUGUGUGCUGGCUUAUUUUGCCGGGCAUGAGCACCAGGGUGGCUUUGCCAUCGAUCCUAAAGGUAUCUACCACAUCACAUUCCCUGGAGUUAUCGAAACCUCACCAGACACUAGCUGCUUUGCCACAGUCGAAUUACACCCACGCACAUUACAGGUAUGCGGUCAAGGCAAAAUCCAGAACUAUUCUAUACCUCUUCGAUAUGAAGUUAAAACAUAGCUCCUCUCCCCACCACUUCACUACUUCCCUCCUACUGUCAAACAGCAAAAUUGUACAGACUAAUAAAGAUUUAUUUUAAAGUUCUUUCCAAUACAUUCCA